UUGAGCUCUGGAGUGGAGAAAGGGCCUGGCCGGCUGGUAUUAAUAAGUUCUACCGGUCCUGAGAUGGCGCGACAGGCCUUCACAGACCGCAGGUGGAGGGCGGUGGCCUUGCCGCCCCGGACCCCCGGCAGCUCGGGGCAGUGUGCGGUCAGGAGAGAGGGGCCCGGGAUGCAGCAGGCCACACUGCCUCGCCGACGUCUGGCCCUGGAGCGUCUCCAGGUGCUAGGGUGGGGCCGUGAGCGCCCAGUCAGUCACUCCGGCAUGUGGGUCGCGGGUGGGGCGGCGCGGGCGGGCCGGGGCUGAGGGACACUGUUUGCCAACAUCUCGGCCAGAGUGUUUGUCCAGCCAGCCUGUGCCGCUCUCAAGCACCGCUGCCUUGCCCUCCCUUCCCCGACAGCUUCUGGUGGCCCAACUGGACGUGGCGUUGCUCGGGUCAAUCUGCUAGAGGAGCGCAGAGCCCUGCACGGGUUCACAAACAGAAUUUUGGACAGGAUAUUUGGUGCCAGGAACCAAGAGCCAGUCUGCUGAAUUAUUGUCCCGGUCGUUAGGAUUGCUGCGAGUCUCUUUGAAGGUCUGUGGGUGCACCCAGUUGCCAGCCCAGGGGAGGCACACCUGGAAGCCAUUUCCAAGAACUUUUGCCACAGGUGUAAAAGACUCCAGACCUGCAAAGAUGCUGAAACAGAUACUAUCAGAGAUGUACAUAGAUCCUGAUCUGCUGGCAGAGCUCAGCGAAGAGCAGAAACAGAUCCUGUUCUUCAAGAUGAGGGAGGAACAGAUCCGCCGAUGGAAAGAAAGAGAAGCAGCAAUGGAAAAAAAGGAGUCCUUGCCAGUGAAAUCCAGACCAAAGAAAGAGAAUGGCAAAUCUGUUCAUUGGAAACUGGGAGCCGAUAAGGAAGUCUGGGUCUGGGUGAUGGGUGAACACCAUCUAGAUAAACCCUACGAUGUUCUCUGUAAUGAAAUUAUUGCUGAGAGGGCCCAGCUGAAAGCAGAGCAGGAAGCGGAAGAGCUCAGAAAGACUCAGUCCAAAGAAUUUGCCAAUAGCUUGAAAACGAGAUCACAGUACUAUGAUCUGCAAGCACCAGAUACCCUGGAGUCUCAGAAUAUCUGUAAGAAAGCAGCGGAAGAGGAGGAGCUGGGGAAAGGCUCUAGACUGGCACCACCCCUUGAAGAAGAGAAAAUUCCAUCAUUCUCCAGUUCCUCAAGAAAUAUUCAACAAAUGUUGGCAGAUUCUAUCAAUCGUAUGAAGGCAUAUGGAUUUCACCAGAAGAAAGAAUCCAUGAAGAAAACACAAGAUGAGGAACUAAAACAAAUAGAUGGGGAGAAAACCAAGCAGAUUUAUAAAAGCUGGAAAGAAGAUUCAGAGUGGCAGGCAUCUUUGCGAAAAUCCAAAGCAGCUGAUGAGAAGAGACGCUCUUUGGCUAAACAAGCGCGGGAAGACUACAAGAGGUUAUCACUAGCAGCUGAAAAAGGAAGAAGCGGUGAGGGACCACAAAGCCCCCCAAGCAUUCCACAGAAACCAAAAAGACCUCCGCUUCCACCCAAGCCUCUGUUCCUAACCCCAGCGGGAUACCCUCGAAAGCCUCUUAGAAAUCAGGGAGUGACGAGGAUGGCAUCCAGCUAUGCCCAAGAGGAAAUCAUUCGGUGGUUUAAAGAGGAGCAGCUACCUCUGCGAGCAGGCUACCAGAAAGCCUCAGACGCCAUAGCUCCCUGGUUCCAUGGAAUUCUUACAUUAAAGAGAGCAAAUGAACUUCUGAGCACAUGUGUGCCAGGAAGUUUUCUGAUCCGAGUCAGUGAAAGGAUCAAAGGCUAUGCCCUGUCCUAUCUGUCUGAGGAUGGCUGCAAACAUUUCCUCAUAGAUGCCUCUACGGACUCCUAUAGCUUCCUGGGUGUGGACCGGCUCCAGCAUGCCACCCUGGCGGAGCUGGUGGAAUAUCACAAGGAGGAACCUAUAACUUCCCUGGGGAGAGAGCUCCUUCUGUACCCCUGUGGUCAGCAGGAUGAGCCACCCGACUACCUGGAGCUCUUUGAGUGACAGUCUCCAUCGUGUCAUCCUGUAACCUCCAGCUGGGCUUUCCUCUGGACAGACAUCGCUGAAAUAGACAUUUGUAUGUGAAGCCAAAGUCACCCUGCAGCAGAGCCAAUGCUGAUCAACUGGAAGUAUCCUUAAAGCCCCACGGAAAUCUCUCUUCUGCACAAAUGCUGGAGUUUAAUGUUAAAAGAAAAUUGCCUCUGCAGGAUAUUCACUCUGAAAGUAAAGAGAGAUGAUUCCCAAUUUCAGCAACUACCUAACAUGAAGGAUACAACCUUAAUGAUGUAUAUAAAAUGAACAAAGAAGGAAUCAAAACCUUUUAGGAAUUAAGGCAUUACUUCAAAAACUAGUAGCUCAUGUGAAGUAUUUCAUGACCCCUCUUUGCGUCAUUUUGAAAUGUCUCAGGUUUGUGUUUACAUUAAGUUCCAUGUUGGCUUCAGGGAGCUGGCAAAAAAAGCCUUUACUCGUGACUGAAAUGACCCCGCAAACACACUUCAUUUAUCACACAUGCUGGAGCCAGGAUGUAAGAGACACAGAAGAACAAAAGUUGGGAAUGUAAAUUGAAUGAGGAAUUUAAAAAUGUAGGAGAGGCUUAACAUGUAAAGAAAUACCACGGACCGUAGAGACAUGAGCAGACAUCUGCGAGUGUGUUUCCAUGAGCAGGACGGUGCUUGCCCAGUCUACCUUGGCUCCAUCCAGGAGCACAUCACACAGGAUGAGGCAUGAGGUGCUUACCAGUGGGGGUAGACCAGAACAGAAUAGUGAGCUGUGUGAGUACUACUUGUGGGUUGAAUGGUGUCCCCAGAAAGAUAUGUUGAAGUCCUAAGCCCUGGUACCUGUGAAUGUGACCUUAUCUGGGAACAGGGUGUUUGCAGAUGUGAUCAAGUUAAGAUGGUUCAUACUGGAUUCAGGUGGGCCUUCAGUCCAAUGACUGGCAUCCUUAGCAGGAGAGAAGGGAUUUGGAAACAGACACGGAGAGGUGAGGCAGCCAUGGGACGACAGAGGCGGAGGCUGGAGAGAUGCAGCCGCAGCCGGGGAAUGGCAGAGGGUGCUGGCAACCCCCAGCAGCUAGGACAGCAGUAUGGAACAUGCCUUCCCUGGAGCCUUGGAAGGGAAUGUGGCCCUGCUGACACCUUGGUUUCAGACUUCUAGCCUCCAGAACUCUAAGAGAAUAAAUUUCUAUUGCCCUAAGCCUUUGAGUUUAUGGUAAUUUGUUAGAGCAGCCCUGGGAAAGGAACACAGAAGUUCACGUAAUUGUGGAACGUGACACACAUCACAUACCAUUUGUUGCUCUACAGUCUCCUCCCUGAUAAUGAAGGAAAAAGGGAGAUGAAGAGUAACCUCCCAAGUGGGAUGCAGAUUCCCUCAGCCAGGAGUCUUGUGCCCCACUGCAUCCCCACCCCAGCCUCCGGCUCAGCAGGGGUGCUGGCCGCUGGGCAGUGACCAAGGAUGCUCCUAUGCUCUGAGCCACAGGUUCUUCUCCUGGGGAGAUGGAGCCUUCCUUGCACUUCAGGCCUAGUCCCUGUAUCUGCAUUCCUCCAGAAGCAGCAGGGGCUGCAGCAGUUAGUCCGUGAGGCAGUUCGUUGUGUGAAAUGUAACGACAGAGUGUGGGGGACGUGUGUGUGUGAGUGUGUAUGGGUGCACACGUGUGUUUUUAUGAGAAAGUUUUUAAACACAGAUCAUCGUAAAGUGUUACUUGAAAUGUCGCAUGUGUUUGUACAGUCUGAGAGACAACUGUCAGUGAGACAUUUGUCCAAGAGAACCUGUCUUUGGCUUUCAUUCCUGUGACUCAACAGCUGUGACCUUAUAGAAUUGCAAAGCUGGCACAGGACAGGAAGUCACAAACUUCUAUUCUGUCUCCAUAUCUUCCCACCAUUAGCUCUCUGAAUGUCAGCUUUCACUACUAAUACAAAAGCACAUUUUUAAAAAUUGCAGCGUACUUGACAUUAACAUUAAAUUAGUUUCAGGUGUAUAACAUAAUGAUUUGACAUUUUGUAUACACUGUGAAAUGAUCACCAUUAUAAGUAUAGUUAUCAUCCAUCACCUUACAAAGUUAAAAAGUUUUUUUCUUGUGAUAACUUUUUUAAGAUCUACUUUCUUAGCAACUUUCAAAUAUGCACUAUAGUAUUAUCAACUCUAGUCACCAUACUGUACAUCCCCAUGACUUAUUUAUUUUAUAACUGAAAGUCUAUACCUCUUGACCCCCCUUCACCCAUUUUGCCCACCCCCAACCCUCCUUCCCUCUGGCAACCACAAAUCUAUUCUCUAUCUGUGAGUUUGGCUUGGUUUCGUGUUUUUUAGAUUUGACAUGUAAAUGAAACCAUAGGGUAUUUGUCUAUCUCUGACUUAUUUCACUUAGCAUAACACCCUCAAGGUCCAUCCAUGUCACAAAUGGCAUGAUCCCUUUUUUAUGGUUGAGUCAUAUUCGUGUGUGUGUGUGUGUGUGUAUCACAUCUUUUUAUCCAUUCAUCUGUCAAUGGACACCUAGGUUGCUUCUUGUCUACUGUAAAUAAUGCUGCAAUGAACAUAGGGGUGAUGUAUCUUUUUGAAUUAGUAUUUUUGCUUUCUUUGAAUAAACACCCAGAAGUGGAAUUACUGGGUCAUAUGGUAGUUCUAUUUUAAUUAAAAGAAGGUGUUUUUACUAACUGAUUUUUACUAAUUUCAUUCAGUUUUUAAAUCUUAAGGUUUUGAAAUAAAUAGAAAAGUACCCUAUAGUCACUAAUAAUUAUGAAGACAUAUGAUUCCAGCAUCAUCCUCUGCCUAGAAUUAUUUUGGAGGAAAUAAGUACAGUCAUACCCAGAUAUAAGGACACUAAAUAACAUCCUACUGGGGAAACAGCAAAUGACCUGACUGAAUUAACAUAGUACAAGGGGGAGCAGAUCUGAGUUAUAUACUAUUUUAUCCUGUGGUUAUUAAUAUUCAGAGGAAUAAACUGACACAAACAAUAAUCACAUCAUCAAACAAUGGACGUGAUGGCCAGGAGUAGUACUUAAAAUUCUUAGGGAGAGAGAAUGGUAAAGAAUUCAGAAAGUGAUUAACACUAAAUGGGGGUGGGGGGGCCCGAAUUCUCAGCUCAGCUAUUAGACACAGUCUCCCUGUGUCUGACCCUAGUUAUGACCUAAAGCAAGGAUGUCCAUACCCUGGUCCUGGUCCCCUCCUUCUGCUGCCUCAACAAGCCCAGCCCCCUUAACCUGCCUAAGGUUUCUUGGUCGAGGAUGUUCCUCUCCUGUUACUGUCCAGGUUCCAGCCUCGGGCACUCCAGUCUGCCUAUCACUUUGGGACUGUGCACAAAUGCCUCUCACUGCCUACGUCGAUUCUUCUUUCUCAACUCCCUCAAUGAAAUUCUAGAAUCUCCUCUUCUAGUCAUUCCAGACUCUCUGGCUGCCAUCCCUCUACUGCCAGACCCUCACAAUCAUUAACCGCCCCCCCAUCAGAUCACCUGUAAGGCCCUGGGUUCUGGUCUCCUACCCUACCCUGCUAUGGGAGGAUGCACAAGGAAGUUACUUUGUCCCUCAGCAUCCCCAGCGGAGCUCAGUAAUGCCAAGAAAUGUUAGUGGGUCCAAACCUUAGACCAGGAAGAGGAAAAAGAUAGAGUUAAGAAGAAAAAGGAUCAGGAAAGGGGAGAAAAAGUGAAAACGAGGCAUGGACAGGUCACUUAAAAUAUCUUAGAUGCAUUUAUAUCAAAAAUUGCCCAUCUGAGCUACACUCUGGAAUUAACCAUCCUUUGAAGUAAAAGAAUGGCAGGUGCUCAUGUGGCACAAAAUCUGCUUGUAGAUUUUAAAAAAGAAGUUCAUGGCCUGAAGUUUUACAGUUGCUCCUUUCCAUAAAGACAGCUGUCUCUGUGAGCCAACUUUCUCAAAUACGUGUUAUAGGCACGUGUGAGCACACAGAUACCUUGGGACGCCUGCCGUGUGAUGCACACACACAAAAAUGACUUACAGGGGACGCGUGGAUGUAUCUCCCUGGACCUCUGCUUUCGUUUUUGCUAAGAAUGUGAUAAAUACUUUCAGACUGCAUCCCACAGGUCUUUUUUUUUUUUAGAAGGUAAGUUUCUACAAUUACAUCUUUAAAGAACACAUCUGUUUGCCUUAUGCCUUCCCUUCCCUUUCUGCCCUCUGCCUUCCAUUUUUGUAAUCUCAUCCUCAUCAUUUUCAUCUCUCCCUCCUUUUCUGUUGUAUUUCUGGAGAGCUCCUCAUCUCUUUUCCUUCCCCACCACAGACUAUUCUGCAGUGUGUCAGUUCUGUUCUUUCUGACUCCACUGUGGACUCUAUCAUUCUAUUUCCAGUGCACUUGCUGUGCUUCCUUCUGUCCCUGUGCUGGAUCCUUACACUUCCUCCUGCUGCCCCAGACUGAAAACUCUCAGGAGGUUUACACAACAAAAGUGCUUUUUUUAAUUGUGUGGUAACAAUACACUAUUUGGUCUGGAGUUAGCUCGAUAAAGUCAGGGUCAGGAUCCUGGUUGUAUCAUUAACCAGCUGAGUGGAAUCUUAAAAGAAAAAAAAAUACUAAGCAUCUCAGCUUCAGCUCUCAGUCACCCACUGGGUUCUGAAGCUUAAAGAAGAAAUACGCAAAGUGCCUGGCAUUUAUACCGUUCUCUGCAAAUGGUAGUUAUUCUAUGUGAAUCACGGGUCCAACAAAGCCAGGAUCCCUGCACUCCAUGCUCCUCUGUUAGCACCUCGGCUUAUAUAACCAAUGGGCUGUGUUAGUAAUGACCCAUUUGCUACAGUUUCUGGGAUGAAUUUUCGGGGGGAAAGGGAAACUUUUACAGUAGGAGAUAUAAUUAUGAGCCACACAAUGUAUUAGCCAGUUGAAAUGGCUUACAGAGAGAUUUCUACCUUAGUCUAGACUAGAAAUGGCAUAGAGACGGCAUUCUCUUACUGUCGAAUUUUGACAAUCCCCAAGGUAUCAGUCUUUACCCAAAAUUGAUGGUUGACAAAUUGAUUCAGUUGUUCUGGAAUUCCUGGUCACCAAUCCCCAAGUAUUUGCCUGCCUUUUUGACCAGAACACUUACUACAAACCCAGAUCCCUUUGGGAUUAACUCUGCUUUGUUUCCCAAAUAGGUCAACCAGAUAGGUUUAGCCACUGCUAAAACCGACUUGCAGGGAGGGGACAAGCCCCUGCCACCGUCGUCAGUCUACAUCAGCUUUUAUUUUCCCUUCACGAAAUCUUCCUACCAGCUGAGUCAAGAUCCUGGUAACCCUCCUCCACACUGUGCCUCAACAACCAAACCUCAUGGCAAACACCUUAUCUCCUGGAGGUGUUCUCAGUGGUAUGGCGGAGCUCUAGAAAAUGCUUCCUAAACACACCACCGCUAUUCCUGACAGCCUCACACAUUCUAGGUGUGAUUUUUACAUGGCUCUGUUCGAGACUAAUGACUAGAAGAAAGAAUACAUAGUUAAAAACAUUUUUUUUCUUCAGCCUUUCUUUGAAUUUAACUUGAGGGUUUUGCUGUUUGCUGUCCAUUUUUAUUUUUAAAUUUUUAUUUUUCUUAACUGUUUCAAAUGGGGUUUAACAUCCUAGCAGGCCAGGUGAUGACUACUGUUGAAAUUCUUUAAACUCUGGGGUUGGAGGGUACUGGUCUGGUAGCAGAUUCGGGUGGGGUUGGAGACUGUGGGAUUAACUGGGGUGGAGGGAAUCCCCUCCAGUACUGUGCUCACCUCAAUUCAAGCUGAUGUCCUGACUCAGGUUGAUGAAGAGUAAGGCCAGUUCACCAAGUGUCCCACCUGGGUACUGCCUGUGGCAGACAGGCUGUCUGCAAAGCCAGCCACCAAAGGACAUUUGAUGAGUCUUGGGCAGAGGUCGUUGAAGGUGUCCUGGCCCUCCCUGAGCCUCUGGGUGACCGGCUGACCGGCAGAGACAGCCCAGAGGCAGGGCCUGCUUCUCUUCCCAGGCUGUGACCUGCACCCUCCCUUGGAAGAGCAAAGGCAGACACAGCCAAGGGGCCCUGGAGUUGCCCACUCCAGAAGGCAUGUUCAGAGGAUCAGCGUCACAGACACAUUUUGAAAGGCACCUCUGCUGAGAGAACAUUCUCUGUGUAUUGAAAAAACCACCACCCAAAGCCCCCGACCAGCUGGCACAGUCCCCAUAGUUUUUGGCAGCAACAGCAAAGCACAGAGUUCUGCCAGGAGAAACAGCUUUGAAUUCAAAUAUAAAGCUAAUCAGAAUAUGGAUCACACAAAGCUGCCAGUUACUUGGGUGUUGGGAGUAAAACACACCCACCUUUUUAAGGGACCGCCCAAGGGCAUUAUCUCUGAUCAGCAAUUCUCAGAAACAAUGUCAAAUCUUUUUCAAAAGGCCGCUAUUCCCACUUGCUCUCCCCUCCCUUUCAAGGCAGCCUUGAAGUGCAAGGCCCUGGGAUCCUGCUGGAGGUCUGCUUCCAAGACUGCAGAGCCCGACUGUCAUGGAGUUUCACAGCAGCUGGAGGGAAGCAGCCCGGCACAAUCCAUGUUUCUGGAUCACUGUGUUGUUUUCGGUCACUGUCAGGGGAUUUUUCAGGUGGGCUGAAGAGUAGAGAAACAGUGGGAAACUGAGGCACAAGAUCACAGAGUCUGGACUUGUCCCAAGCCCAAACUCCCUUGUCUACCCUCGUCUCCUGACCUUCAAGCCUUCUGGAGCUGGUGGUAGGAUGGGGCCAUGAUGUGUGAGCCUGACAAGCCAGCCACUUUCAGUCUGGGCCUCUGAGCGAGUUCAUUACCACUUCUGCACCCGGAAAAUGAUAUUACCUGUCUUAGAAGAGUGGCAUUCUGUACAGAAGGUGCCUGGCUAUGCACCCUACCUCAAACACCUCUGUUUCCCAAAUGUCUUCAAAUUAUUGACUCCAAAUUACUGAGUGUGCAAUUUAAGGAAGAAGUUAUCCAUUAAAAUUUACAUUCCUAGUUAUCCUUCUUCAGGUAGACGGACCUUGUUUUCAGAAUAACAGAAAUAAAAGGACAAUGGUGCACACGUGAUGGGUUCAUGAUCUCUAAUAUGCGACCCAUAUUGGCCCAAGAGGUGCUAUGGACGUGCUGGGAAGCAUAAUAGUUGUGAAUGCAGAACUGGUAUCAAAUAAUAGCUGAAUGUGAAUACCUGCUAUGUGCCUCAUGUGUACGGCAGAUGUGACUGCAUUCGCUGUCCUGAAUGAAGAAACGGGUACAGAGAUGCCGAGUGCCUGGCUUAAGAUCAUAUAGGUUGCAAGUGAAAAAGCUAGAAUUUGAGCCCAGGCAGUCUGGCCGGGGAAGCCUUGGUAUUAACUACCACACUGAACACUAAGAUUAGAUAACAUUAGCUUUUCCCUGAAGCAAAGUUUAUUGAAAUUAGGUUCUGGGCAGCAAUUUUCAUACAUUUCAGAACUGUGUAUGAUGUCUACUUGAGUGUGACAAAAUCUUCAAAGCAGGGCUGUGUGAGGUUCUGUUCACCUGUUGCAAAUUCCUAGGCCUGAUUCUUUCAUUGUUGAUGUGUGGAGAGAAGCCAGUUUGCCCACAUUUAUGAACACAGAAGGGGUGCUGCAAAGUAGAUGGCUGGACGGACCAGCACAAGGAGAACAGGUAUGUCACUGGGAGGCAGUGGUGUGCUGGUGAACAGUUAACAACUGGCUGGGAUGGGGAGUGGGUGGUGGGGCAAACAAGCACUUCUCACAAGGCUGCGUCACCUCACCAGGGCUCAGAGAAGACCCAGGUCUGUAGCAGAGACCCCAGCUCCAGAGAGACGGCUGGGCCAGUUACCAGGUGACUUCUAUACCGUAAGAACAGAGGGAGGAUGUAGAGAGUUGGAACAAACCUUAAACACAAGACUCAGUGCUUCCUCGGCAGUAUCUUUCCUUUAGAAGAUGUCAUGACUGGGUCUUUCAAACCAGAGUUCAUUACUGCUUUCCUUUGCUGCUGAGGUUAAAUUCCAAGCCCCUCAAUGUAACGUUUCAGUGGCGCUUUCACCAACCCUUCUUUUGUAUGUGUCUUGGUCCAGGGAAGGGGGAUGGGUCCUGCUAUGGACUGAAUGUUUGUGUUCCUACAAUAUUCAGAUGUUGGAGCACUAAUGUGAUGGUAUUUGGAAGUGAGGUCUUUGGGAGGUAAUUAGGUCAUGAGGUAGGUUCCACAAUGGAAUUAGUGCCCAGAAGACAGCCAGCCCUCUGCUCUCAGCCCUGUGAGGAUGCAGGGAGAUGGGUCUUCACCAGACACCGGAUCUUGAUCCUGGAUUUCUCAGCCUUUAGGACCCGAAUAAUCAUUUUGUUGCUUAAGUCACCCAGUCUAGGUAUUUUUGAUAUAGCAGCUCAAACUAAGAUCCCCUCUUACAUGCACUUUCAGAGGGCUCAUACUGUUUGUUUUUUAAUAUUUUAUUUUUAAGUAAUCUCUACCGCAACAUGGGGUUUGAACUUGCAACCCCUAGAUCAAGAGGUGAAUGCUCUACCCACUGAGCCAGCCAGAUGCCCCAAGAGGGCUCCUACUUUUUGAUAAAACUGCUUUAGCUAAGUUCUAAAAAGGGAGAAAUGGUUCAAUAUUAUGCUGUUUCCUCUUCUCUUCAGCUACCCUCAGCAAUUCUUAACCAGUUGCUGAAACUCAGUUCUUAAUCGCUGCCUCAGGCAUCUGUGAGAUGCAAUUUAAACAAGCACAAAUGGCUAGUUAGCCCACAGUACAGCCUGGGACUGUAGCAUCUGCAGGACACUUAGACCUAAUUCCAUGAUCACAUUUGCUUCCUGUUGCCUGCCUAUUGGAAGUACGUCCUCCAGACUCUGGAAGAAUAUAGGAGGAGUGUGCUGGUCAGUCCCACAAAGCCAGACGUGCCCAGAAUCUCUAGUAUCACCAGUGUAUGUGAAAAUUAACUCAAUUAGAAAGGGACCUUGGGAACCAUUUCUCAAUUUCUUCUAACUAAAAAGGACAAGUAGGGGCACCUGGGUGGCUCAGUCGGUUAAGUGUUCGACUCUUGGUUUCAGCUCAGGUCAUGAUUUCAUGGUUCAUGGGAUGGAGCCCCACAUUGGGCUCAGUCCUGGCAGCAUGCAGCCUGCUUGGGAUUCUCUCUCUCCUUCUCUCUCUGCCCCUUCCCCCACUUACGUGUGUGCACACACUCUC